CAUCGUCAUGCUGUCCAGCGUGGAUGGGUUUCCGUUCCAGUUCCGCUUCCGGGAACACGGUGCACCACAGGGAGAAUCCUGCUGACAGGAGUAUGCGCAGAUGGGUACGACGUUUCUGGGUCAACACCUGCGACGAUCUAUCACAUUGCCUUACGUCCUACCGCUACCGAGUACGGCAUUGGGGAUGGGUUCGAAACUGGGCGCAGCCACUAAGAGGAUCAGUGGCCGCUAAUCGGGUUAAGGCUUACCUCCAUAAUUUAUCUUAAGAGGCAUCGCCAGGCUUGUUUCAUUUUGAUUUUUCUAGGACUAGAGGCAGAAUGGUAGACUCAAGCUCGUUUUUCUCAGCUCUUAUCUCACGCUUACCAGUCAGCUUAAGAGCCAUCUUGCUUCGGCAGACUCCACCUUUUUUGAGAGGAGAGCAGGCAUGCCAAAGAUCGAUGUUUUGUAGGAAGAAUACCGGUCGUAUGAAGGUCUAAUCGAGGAGCAGAAGUUUUCUCAAUGAGGCCAUCAUCUUCUUGCCGAGCACGUGGCCAGCAUAAAAUGCAAAAAAAAGAUAGAAGAAGAGGCAAGCAACCACAUCGACGAGAGGCUCCGGCUCUUUAUCAUCUCUUAUCAGAGUCCUGCGUCUUGAUGCACCAUUGCUUCGUUGCAUCUUUCUGUUGUUUUUUCGGUAGCAUGAUCGUCGAC